AUGAGGGACGAGACAUCUCUGCGAGGGGUUGAGAAAAGCUCUGUGCAGGUGGAAGAAAGAUGGAUCAAGUCUCCUACUCACUCGACCUCCUCUCAGGACUCUGCGUCGAUUCUUUCGGGUGAACAGCAGCACAGGAACGCCCUUCUCAAAAAAGAUAUCAAACGACGGAGGUAUUUCAAAGGGAAGUCCUAUUCUCUUGGGAAAACGAAGAAGAGAUCUAAAGCCAAAUCGAAAUCCACUUCCUCAAUGUCGGCUCUUCUUAUUUCCGCAGCUUCGGAGAGCGCUGCAACCGAGGACGUCGAGAGCGAAUCGACUCAGGAAUCCUUCACCGAGGGAGAAUCCGCAGCUGAAGGCGCGAACGCAUCGAAACUCGGGAAGCGACCUCUCGAGGAGGACGAGGACGAAGAGGACGAUAAGGAGUCGGAUGUCGAUCCGGACGCAGACCGAGAUCACGAGGACGACGAGAAGGAGUCGGACGUCGAUCAGGACGCGGACCGAGAUCACGAAGACGACGGGGAUCUUGAAGACGAUGCAGAGUUUGAAGAGACCAAGGAAGAUGUGUACCAGGAUCCAGUCUACGACGACGAAGACGAGGAAGAAGAAAUGAAACUCGAGAUUCCAGUCGAGGACGACGAAGACGACGACGACGAAGAUCUCUCGAAAGACAGCAGUAGCAACAACAACCACCACGACAACAAAGCUGACAGUGCAUUCGUCGGAACCACGACAAUAGAACCGAAAGUUGAAGUAGUUAGCGCGAGCUGCACCAGUCCCAAUGCGGAGGUCUCGGAGGGGACCGGCGACUUGCGGACCGCCGUAGCUUUAUCGCAAAAGGUUGAAAGUCGACAGCGCAGCGAAUAUUCAACCAGACCCAUAUCGGGUAGGCCUGACGGCAACGCUGACGAGGGCAACGCGAACAGCAUUUUAUCUUCAGUGAAGACCCGCAAUCGGGUUAAAAGGAGAUAUGAUGAGAAUCUCGUAGAUAUCGACGAUCCCACGUUUGCUGAAGCGGCCGGAGAAAUCUCAACUGCACCAGACGAAGCCCCACGUUCGACUCGGAGUUCACAGAUCUCGAGUACGGUCAACGACACCGCGCUUGUGCCGUACUAUCCCCAGGAAGCGUCGAUCGUGCCUUCGAAUUACAAAGUCGAGCACAUGGUCGACAAAUCGAUCGCUCUCUACCGUUGCCAUUGUCUUUCGUUGCCGUUGUCGCACCCCCCUCCCACUUCCGCGGGCAGCGACUUCUACUGUCAAGCGCUCGACGGGAUCUCUGGUCGGGUUAUUGGAUGCUCGAAGAAAAUCAAGAACUACGACAUGUAUCGUGCUUCUCAGAAAGUUCCUUUCGCGGUGUUGUGUGAAGGUCACACUGUUCGUUUGCUCAACCAUCAAUGCUGCCCCAUGUGUGGAGUUUUCUGCACUCAAGGCGAAUUCAUGCUCUGUAGGAAAUUAGAAGGUUCGAAGUCGCGGACACACUUUUACCAUAAGGAGUGCACGUUCAAACCAUUGGCCUUAGAAACCGUCGGGGCGGUUUCCGAAUGCUGCCCACACUGCGGCGGUACAAACAACUUGAAAACGAUAAAACUGGAGCUGGAGAGCGAGUCCGUUCCUAUUGUGAGCUUCAGUCAAAAAAUAUCCUCGACGGGACCCCGCGCCAAAAUGAGCUUGGGAAGGGUGCGUGAAACGAACGAAGGUGUCGAGCGACCCGCCUUGACUCUACCCGGAAUGAAAGAGCCCCAGGAUCCCGAAGGCGAGGAAAUCGAUAUCGUUGUGAACGACGCAUCUCUCAUCACAUGCAACACUGCCUGGUGUCCGUCGAUCACCAAAGUGACCCGGGCCGCCCAGAGCUUCAACAAGACCCUGGCGUCGCGUGUGAGCGCCAAAACGCUCUAUUCCGCAGCGAAAUCCGGAGAUGUGGAGAAAGUUGUACAUGCAAUCAUGUCCGGUGUGGAUUUGAGCACCGAGUUCUCUGACGAAGACAACUAUACGGCUUUGCACGUGGCGGCCGAGGGUGGCCACGUGGAGAUCUGUCACAUUCUUGUUCGGGCUGGCUGUUCGGUUGACGCGCUUGACACCGGUCUGUACACGCCCUUCAUGACAGCCAUAACGGCCGGGCAGAGGAAAGCUGCCCGUUGUCUGAUCGCCAUGGGCGCGGACUCGUCCAAGUGCGGUGAAGACGGCAUGACUUGCCUUCAUUUGGCAAGCAAAGCCGGUCUGCUGGACAUCGUACAGAUAAUACUCAAACGCUCAACGUCACAAGUCAACGCUCAGGACGAAGGGGGCUGGACGCCGAUCGUCUGGGCGUCUGAACAUCAACACGCGAACGUGGUCCUACUGUUGCUAAAACAUGGAGCGAACCCCAACAUCAAAGAUGCCGAGGGCAACACCGCGCUCCAUUGGUCAGCAUAUUCGGGGACGGUCGAUAUAUCUCUCAUGUACAUUGAUCUGGGAUCUGACGUUAAUUCGCGCAACGAAUUGGGCGAUACUCCGUUGCACGUUGCCGCUCGACAAGAUAAAUACGAGAUGGUCAUGCUGUUGUUGGGUCGAGACGCGGACGUCGCGGCGCUCAACGAAGCCGGACAGAAAGCCAUCGACGUUGUGAAGGACAAAAGUUCCGCCUGCUACUACGCGAUCUUGCUCAGUCUAGAGAUCAAGAAGGCCAUCAAGAACGCCCGGAAGCUCAAACCGUUCCCCAAAGUCAUCCACAGAGACAUUUCCCGCGGGAAAGAGAAACACUCGAUCCGCGUGGUUAAUGAAAUCGACGACGAGCGGGAAAUUCCGAACGAUUUCAUGUACUUGAUCAACAACUGUGAAACGACGCUCUUGAACAUCGAUACGACGAUCCAAUCGUUGCAAUCCUGUAAAUGUCAGGACGACUGCACAUCGACGUCUUGCCAAUGCACGCAGCUCGGGAGCGGAUGCUGGUAUAGGGAUAACCGGCUAGUGGAUAACUUCAACUUCAAGGACCCACCGAUCAUUUUCGAAUGCAAUCGCGCCUGUUCCUGCUAUACCAAUUGCGAAAACCGCGUGCUGCAGCGCGGUAUACAGGUGCACAUGGAGCUGUUUAAAACUCAAUUGACCGGGUGGGGAGUUCGCGCCCUACAAGAAAUCCCCAAGGGCACAUUUGUGUGCGAAUAUGUUGGGGAGAUCAUCACUGAUAAGGAAGCCGAUCAGCGUGAGGACGACAGUUAUCUAUUCGAUCUCGAGAACAGGGACGGAGACACGUUUUGUUUAGAUGCGAGACACUACGGUAACGUUUCAAGAUUUAUAAACCAUUGUUGCGACGCCAACGUGCAUCCAGUCCGAGUCUACGUCGAUCAUCAUGACCUGCGAUUUCCUCGCAUCGCUCUCUUCGCAACUAGAGACAUAUCAGCUGGUGAACAGCUCGGUUUCGAUUACGGCGAGAAGUUCUGGGUCAUCAAAUACAAAUCGUUCCUUUGUGGUUGCGGCAGUCCCAAAUGCAAAUACAACGCCGAAAAUAUACAGAGCGCCCUUGAAGCCUACCACAACAAGAACGCAACCGACGAUGACUCGAUGAUCAAUGGCGAGUAGGCCAAAUAGGACUGACUGUUUAUCGUAUUUCGUGUGUCCGCGUCAUCAAUACACUUAAAAUAACGCCUAAAUGAAUGAAUAAAGGUGGAACUAGUUAAUAUAGAGAACUUCACGCGACGGAGCUCGAUACCGACGCUGAAAUACGU